AUGGACGGCAGAAAGGAAGACAAUCUUGAAUGGUGGCUGUUGAGGGAUUCCGGUUUGUUGUCGGUGAUCGAAAAUCACAACCGGCUCCCAAGUCGUUUCGUGCAUGUAACUCCGGCCGCCGGAAACUAUUCCGGCCAGUCCAAUGGAUUUCAAAACCCUAAUCUUAGGGAUAGUGAUAGAUUCCAGGUAAAUAUAAACCACCCUGUAACUCCGGCCACUGGAAACUACUACUCGGAUGGAUUUCUAAACCCUAAUAUUGGGGAUAGUGAUAGAUUCCAGGUAAAUAUAAACCCUGAUCUUUCCCUCUAUGUGGAUCUUGAGACGGCGUUUGGUGGCAUGAGCUUAUCAUCUAACCAAUCCAAUAAUAAUUUCCCAGCUGCUAGUUCACGUAUUGGGACAGGAAUGGGAAUGGGCUGUGUAUCCCCAUAUGGGAAUUUGAAUAGAAUGGAAGCAUAUGGGCGUGGCUAUGAUAGGAAUCUAACAAUGAAUAAUGGUUUUGAGGGGGGUUUUGGUGAUCUAAAUUCAAAUGGGUUUAGGGUGAGAUCCAAUAACACUGGAUUAGUGGACUACAAUUUGACUAAUAAUAAUCUCAACAACAUCUAUCCUCCAACAACUCAAGAUCAUCAGCGUCGCUCUUUGUUGUUUUCGAGUUUGGAGGAAUUGAGGGGGAAGAUACCUUUGGUAGUGACUAAGGAUCAACACAGCUGUCGUGUGUUGCAAAAAAAGCUGGAGGAGGGGAAACCUGACGACAUUGAGAUGAUAUUCUCGGAGGUUAAGAAUCAUGUUUGUGAACUUAUGGUUGACCAAUCCGGGAACUAUCUCGUCCAAAAGCUUUUCCAAGUAUGCAACCCACAACAAAUGACCGAGCUGCUUGCCUUCGUCAUCAGAGAUCAGUGUCGGUUAAUGGCCAUAUGCCUUGACAUGCACGGGACAAGAGCCGUGCAAACAAUGCUGCGGCAUUUGACGACGGUGGAGCAGAGGGCGGUGGUUGUGGCGGCUCUCAGGCACAUCACGGUCACCUUGACCAAAAGUGUUAAUGGCUAUCAUGUGAUUCAGCACUGUGUCAAGUUCUUCUCCAAUGAAGAGAAAAAGCAAAUUCUGAAUGUUGUAGCGGAUAACUGUGUGGACAUUGCAACCGACAGGAGUGGGUGCUGUGUCCUACAACACUGUGUUGAAAACGCCGAUGCACAAUCUCGGGAGCGUCUUGUGGCUGAGAUAACAGUUAAUGCAUUGGUUUUAUCUGAACAUCCUUAUGGGAACUAUGUUGUGCAAAACAUCCUGGGGCUAAGGAUACCGCAUUAUAGAUCAGAGAUAGUGAGACAACUUGCGGGGAGAUUCGUUCAUCUUUCAAUGAACAAAUACGGGAGCAACGUGGUGGAGAAAUGCUUGAAAGAGUGUAGUAGUAGUAGUGGUGAGAGUGAGGCUCGGAUCAUCAUUGAGGAGAUCGUUUCCAGCCCUAAUUUCUUGAUGGUUCUUCAAGAUCCUUUUGGCAACUACGUUGUUCAGUCUGCACUUGCUGUAUCCAAGGGAGCGCUUCGGUUUGCAUUGGUUAACAUUAUCAACAUGCACUAUCCGUCCCUGCACAGUCAUCCCCACGGCAAAAGGGUUUUGGCCAAGACUACCAGAACAGGAAACAAGCUAAUCUAA